AUGAGUUCAUUGAUUAAGACCACCUCUGUAUCCGAGUCUCAGAACAGUUUCUUCAAGAGGUACACUAAGUCUCGAUGUAAUCUAGUCGAGUUUCUUAUGCAUUACAACAAUGCGUUGGAUGGCCAAAGGAGCAAUAGCAACAGGUUUGAAUAUCAUGACUCCAACACUACCCCAAUGUUGAAAACAAAUUUUGCACUUGAGAGGCAUGCGUCAACAAUCUACAGUGACGGUGGGUUUAAGGCAAUUCAGGAAAAGAUUGAAGACGCAAUUGAUUGUUGCACCAUGGUAAAGACUUCAAUCGAGGAUGACACUGAAAUAUAUGUGAUCAAUGAUAAGUUCUCUAAGGACUGGUCCGUGUCUUAUUCCGUCACUGGAGAUUCAUACUCUAAUUUUGUCAAGCCUGUUCAUUGUGGUUUUGUUGACGAUAUUGAAAAAGCUCUCAUUAUCGAUUUGGCAACACAAGAAUGGAGGGAUAUGCAUGGGAAGAAAGUGAUAUUCGGUGAAGGGAUUGUAUUGUCUAUUAGUGAUAAGAGGCAAAUGAUUGAGAAUUUCUAUGGGUCUCAAGCCCCUAGCGAAAUAGAUGUCCAUCCUCCCGACGUUGUCAAAACCAAGGGUUCAGGAAGACGGCCUCUUACACGCCUUGAGCAAGCUAUGAAGAUGAAGGCAAAGCCUGGUCGUAAAUGUGCCGAAUGCGGCGAGGUUGGUAAUCAUGAUGCAAGAAAUUGCAAAAAGAAUAAGGAGAAGCAGAAGACAAAGUAA